AGUAGCAGCGGGAGGCGGGAUAUGAAGAAGAAUCACAAGAAUGUCACAAUUGUCAUAACAUUCUGACAGCACCCUAAAAGCGUGGACUAGUUUCCUCAAAAUCCUCAAUAAUUUCAAUUAUCAAGAGUGACUCACCCAGGUGUAGGGACUAGGGAGUGGGGACCCCUCGAUUUAACCGUUGCCUUAGGCGUUGUGCCUGUCCUAUCUCAACGCCGUAUCAUUCCCCCCAUUUCACUUUGAAGUUCUCACUCUAUCAUAUCAAACACAUUUUCUCUCUCCUCCCACUCAAGCUCUGCUAAGCUAGCUUCAUCCUCUCAUUUUCAUGGCGUUCACACUAUGCUCAACCUCCCUUUCUCCGAUCCACUAAUUUUAUGUGCUACCCUAUUACACCAACUAGCUCACGGCCUGCUCAGUUCCAUCGUUUGCUUUGUUGUGGAAGGCCAAAUUGGGUUGUUAUGCUGAGUAGGAACCGGAAAUGAAUGGGUUUGAGUUAGUGUAAUUAUAUGGUAUGUUUUUCGUCUGAUGAGUUGCAAUACUGUAUUCAAGAUAGCUUGCACAAAAGUGUGAAGAAGUCUUUAAAGGUUCUAUCUUCAGAUUUGGUAGUUGGAGCAUUUGAUAUUCAAGAUAUGGUCAUGAUAUCCCAACCUUACUUUAUCUGAAGGAACUGAUGAAGAUCCAGCUGCAAAUCGCUAUUACACCCCUUUUGUUCUUGAUCUGCAUUCAACAGAUCACAUGUGAACAGGUGUCAAAUACAUCUGGAACUAGGUGGACAUGCUCAUGUUCUUCUGCUAAUCAAGAAACACAACAGUCGAUUAAUGCAGCUAAUUGCUCCACAUCGUGUGCUUGCCAGCCUGUGAUUGUUGGAUCAGCCGGCACCACAUGGACAUGUUUCUGUAGUAGUGGUGAAUUGCCUACUUUGGCAGCGGAUAAUCAGAACAGUAACUGCUUUACAGGAUGUAAUUGCACCUCUGGAUCUUUUGCAGGUCCUCAGGUUCCGAGAAAAAGCAUAUCAAGCAGAGUAGUGAUUGUUCUCUUUGUAUGUUUGGUGCUCAUCACAUUUGCCUUUAUUUCAUCCAUCAUCUGGUAUUUUUACGCAAGUAAAAAGUGUGAGCCACAAAACACCUUUUCUGACAGAGGAUCUAGCCUUCACAGUACUACUGACCUGAUAAAACACCAGUUCCUUUCUCAGUCUCCGUUCCGGAACAAUGUGGGUUUUACCAAAAAUCCAAUCGCAGGGUGCAUCGGCCUUGUUUCCCAGUUAUUCAGAAGCAAAAUGAGAAUAAUUAAUGGCACAGCAACCCAUUUUACAUAUUCAGAGUUGGAACAUGCAACAAACAAAUUUUCUCAUGAUAACUUAAUUGGAGUUGGGGGAUGCAGCUAUGUAUAUCGUGGUCAUCUUAAAGAUGGUAGAACUGUAGCUGUGAAACGACUUAAAGCUUUUAAGGGACUAGAUUCUGACACAGAAUUCUGUAAGGAGGUUGAGAUCAUAUCAAGACUACACCAUUACCAUAUUGUUCCUUUACUAGGUUAUUGCUGUAUAUCCUUGGGAAAGCAGAACGAGAGGUUACUCAUAUUUGAGUAUUUGCCAAAUGGUAACCUGAGAGAUUGUCUGGAUGGAGAAAAACUUUUGGAUUGGGAUACCCGUGUUGCAAUUGCCCUUGGAGCUGCCAGAGGGUUGGAGUAUCUUCAUGAAGCCGCUGCGCCAAGAAUUUUUCAUAGAGAUGUCAAGUCCACUAAUAUUCUUCUUGAUGAAAACUGGAAACCAAAAGUAACUGACCUUGGUAUGGCAAAAUGCUUAAGUACUGAUGGUUUUCCCAGCUGUUCCUCUUCUCCUGAAAGAAUACAAGGAACGUUUGGUUACUUCGCACCAGAAUAUGCAAUUGUUGGAAGAGGUUCAUUAAAAUCCGAUGUUUUCAGUUUUGGAGUUGUUCUUCUUGAGUUGAUAACUGGUCGGACUCCAAUUUUCAAUGUAUCUGAUAAAGCAGAUGAAAGCCUUGUUAUAUGGGCUGCUCCUCGCCUACAAGAUAGCAGGCGCGUAAUGUCAGAAUUGCCUGAUCCAAAUCUAAAAAGACAGUUUCCAGAAGAAGAGUUGCAAAUAAUGGCUUAUUUAGCGAAGGAGUGCUUGCUUUUGGAUCCUGAAUGUCGUCCUAGCAUGAGUGAAGUUGUCCAGGUCCUCUCAACCAUUGCUCCUAAUGUUUCUACGCGAAGAAGGUUUCCGAUAAACUUGUUCCAGAACUUAUCCUCAAACAGCAUGAAAGCCGAGCAACCAGUUUUGGAGAAGUCAACGAGUCAAGUUGAGGUUGUUGUAGACUCUGAAGAGCUGAAGCAAAUGUGUCAAAGUCGAUGGUCAUCUCGAUGCUCAUUAUCAUCUGACAUAGAACGCACCCUCUUGGCUGAUAGCAUUGGGAAAUCGGUAGAUCUUUCUUCAGUUCAAUAUGUCAAUAGUCUGCUAUAUUUGACAUCGAGUGGGAGUCAUAGUAGUAAUAGUAAUAGUGAUGGUGAUGAGAUUGUGGACUUGACCGAGCCUCGAUUAGAAUCAUUCUCUAUUGGAAAUGAUCACUGAUCUUCUACCGGUUACCGGCCCCAAGUAAAGAGCUGCCUCCUGUGACAAUGAAGAACAAUCAACGAUCAGGACAGUAACUUUCACAUGCGAAACAGGAAUUUACUCAGGAUAAGUUUACUACAAAAUGUAAAUCAGACAAAUAAGUUAUUGAUCUUUUUGUUUUGGUUCUCUUCACUUCCUUUUUCGUUUUUGAGGCUUCUUUGUUUUCUCUGCCAAGGUAAAUAUGAAUAUACACAUUUGUUGCUGGUCACUUCCCGAUUGCUGUUGAAAAUAGGACCAUCAUAAGGUUCAGUUUGACACGCUAUUUCAGGCAUCUUAAAUGAUAAGGUGUUAAAAUUUUAAGUCUC